CCAACACCGUAUACAUCCGAAUAUCACCUCUCAUGCAUUUUAGAAACGUAAAGGAAACCUUCCUUCUGAUGUGAAUCUCUAUCGGAUUUCUUUAAAUUCAAGGAAAAUGACCCCCCUCGUUAUUUAAUUCAUCUACCUAAGUUCUUGUCGCAUUUAUUGUACCACCCCCACCUAGCAUCUUUACUCUCCCCCCAAACUAUUUUCCAUUAUUAACAUAUCUAACAUUAUUAUAUUAUAACAUAGCUUCCAUAACCAUGUGUUAUUCCUCUGUCUGCAUGUAUACCUAACUUCAAUAUUUCAUUCAAUCUCUCACCCACUUCCAUUUACCCAUUUUCUUAUUUCUAGCCAAAUAGAAACUAAAAAGAAGAAAUCAUAGAGAAAAAAAUGGAAGGAAUCACGGCCAGUGCUUACAAGGGUUUAAAGGAGUACUGGGAAAGAAAAGGGUACAAAAGGAUAAACGGGUCGGGUCAUAGAAGAAGAACAAACAAGGUGGAACUCGGAGCUACCCAAACCGGAAAACGUCGGUUUUGGAGAUGGAAGAUCAAGCUAUCACCCAAGAUCCGAAUCAACAGAAUCCCAUCUCCCAAGAAGCUCUUGACACGGGCGAGAGACGCCUAUGUCAGUAUGAUGAUGGGUUUGGCCAACUCACGGGUCAUGACCGUGAGUGGCUCGGCCGGGGGAUUCGGUGGGGCUCUCUCUACUGGACCUACAGGUAAUGCUGGAUUCAAAAGAGCCCCACCUAAAGAAUACGACGAGAAGAUGAUUAUUCAGAUCUAUAAAUCCAUUCUCAUGACGCAUGGAAAUUUAGAAGUUGCUUGCAGACAGUAAUGGUAAGAAAGAAAAAAAUAAAAGACAAACCGCAAAAUUUGGUUUCGUUUUAAAUUGUGUUAUACCUUUUCAUCUUCCCACCGUUUUCAACAAGAAUGAUGCAUUCACCUUUUUAAAAUACUCGUGUCUAUGUCUUUCUUUCCACUUUCUUUUUUAGUUUAUUAUUAUGUUAUGGGUUUUAAUUUUAAUUUUCUUAGCAGGAAUGAUUCUAUGAAUUAAAUAGAUUAAUUAGAUUCUUAGUUAUUAAUUUGGUUUAACAUGUCAACGUCGCCGCAAUAUAUAGGCAAAAUCUGGCAAAUGGGACACCAUUAGUUCUUAAGUUUAUCUUGUAAUGUAACAUUGAAAUGAAUGAUAUGGGUGUUAGUCUU